UUACAGGCGUGAGUCCCCGCGCCCGGCCUGUGAAUACAUUUUUCUUAUUGUUUGACGCUGGGCCAUACAAUUCACUUUUUCGUUGUCCAGAUUAAAACCAAAACAAAGCAAUUAGGAGCGCGUUGUUGUCGAGGUGUUUUGUUCCAAGGUAGGACCCGUAGCUUCUCCGCCGUCCCGCAGCUUGGAGUAACGGCUUCUGAUUGGACAAUGCGCGUCCGCCUCGACGCAGGAAGGCCGCCUCAUUGGUCCGCGCAGUCGGGCUCCGGCGGCUUGUCUCUUUAGCGCUCAGGGCGCUGACCCACUGCUCUUCCUCUUAAGUGAGUGCUUCAUUUCUUCCGACGCCCGGAGCUGCUGGCCCAAAGGGAUCCGGAGCGAGCUAGGCCGGGCACCAUGACCACCCUUGAUGAUAAGUUGCUGGGGGAGAAACUGCAGUACUACUACAGCAGCAGUGAGGAUGAGGACAGUGACCACGAGGACAAGGAUCCAGGCAGAGGUGCCCCCGCCAGCAGUUCUGUUCCUGCAGAGGCUGAGCUGGCAGGCGAAGGCAUCUCAGUUAACACAGGCCCAAAAGGUGUGAUCAAUGACUGGCGCCGCUUCAAGCAGUUGGAGACAGAGCAGAAGGAGGAGCAGUGUCGGGAGAUGGAAAGGCUGAUCAAGAAGCUGUCAAUGACUUGCAGGUCCCAUCUGGAUGAAGAGGAGGAGCAACAGAAACAGAAAGACCUCCAGGAGAAGAUCAGUGGGAAGAUGACUCUGAAGGAGUUUGCCAUGAUGAAUGAGGACCAAGACGAUGAGGAGUUUCUGCAGCAGUACCGGAAGCAGCGAAUGGAAGAGAUGCGGCAGCAGCUUCACAAGGGGCCCCAAUUCAAGCAGGUUUUUGAGAUUUCCAGUGGAGAAGGGUUUUUAGACAUGAUUGAUAAAGAACAGAAAAGCAUUGUCAUCAUGGUUCAUAUUUAUGAGGAUGGCAUUCCAGGGACUGAAGCCAUGAAUGGUUGCAUGAUCUGCCUUGCCGCAGAGUACCCAGCUGUCAAGUUCUGCAGGGUGAAGAGCUCAGUUAUUGGUGCCAGCAGUCGGUUCACCAGGAAUGCCCUUCCUGCCCUGCUGAUCUAUAAGGGGGGUGAAUUGAUCGGCAAUUUUGUUCGUGUUACUGACCAGCUGGGGGAUGAUUUCUUUGCUGUGGACCUUGAAGCUUUUCUCCAGGAAUUUGGAUUACUCCCAGAAAAGGAAGUCUUGGUGCUCACAUCUGUGCGUAACUCUGCCACCUGUCACAGUGAGGAUAGUGACCUAGAAAUAGAUUGAACUGAUAAUCUAGUUGCAUAGAUUUCUCAUUGUUUGGGUUGGAAUACAUAUGUCAUUGUUUAUUUUUGUUCCUUCUUUGUCUUCUGGCUUUUCAGCUGUUCUUUGGAGUCCCUUUUAUUAUGUGUAACAUCAAGAAAUUCUUAGAUUAAAUCAGAAUGCUGAAUAACCUUGUAGCCAGCAAUAAGGUGACUUACAAUUGUAUAAACAGGAAGCCAGGCUUUUGAACUGUUUACUUAAGAUUCUCUGGCAAGACAUCUCUGUUAUUGUUUCCAGUCAAUAUUUACAAAGCAUCCUAAAAGCAGUGUCUUGGAAAUUGUCUUCAGAUGAUCUCAGAGGUUUCUGCCAAGUCCGAGAGUAUAAUUCUGUAGGUAGUGUGUGUUAUUUGUAGUGUAAAUAAUACAUUUUCUUAAUCAAAUGAUUGUAAAUUAUAUUUACCUGUAAUCAGUUCCAUAGCUCUAGACGGUGGUUAGAUUUUUUUUUUUCCCCCCACUGGGGUCUUGUUUAAAGGUGUGAGUCACCGCACCCGGUCUUGAGGGGUGGCCUCUGCUGCUGGAUUUGAUGUCUUCCUCCAGCAUUACUAAGUCUGGAACAGCAGGAAGGGUCGAUGCUUACUGACUUGGUGAUGUUGGAAGACGAGUAGUUUAUGGAUUUAAACAUUAGAGCUGGAGUGAGUCUGGAAAUCUUUGUAAAGGAGGAUCUUCCGGUAAGAUGCCCCGCUUGUCUUUGUCUCUUUUUUGUUUAACAAGGUAACUUUUUGUUUAACCUAGAUUUUUUUUUUAAACUUUUUUUUUUUUUUUUUUUUUGCAUAUUGGAAAAAUAAUUCAUAUUCAGUAGAGGAAAAUUGACCAAAACAGAAGCAAAAA